AUGGAUAGUGCUGCGCUUAGAAAAGCAGUAGAAGAUCGUCUUUGUUCUGAUGUGAAUAUUGAAUGUAAGAGAUUGUGUUCGAAGGCAAACCCUACGCUUUUAAGAACGGCAACGAAGGACAGCGUUUUAAAUUUCUCUUGGCGUGCCAUUGGACAAGAAAUUCGUGAAAAGUCGCCGCUAUUUUAUCGUCUUCUCUUGGCUUCGGCCGAUCCAAAGUCACUUUCUAAAAGCAGCGACCCUGAAACAACUGAAAGGUACCCUGGUAUUUGUACUGCGGCCGCUGUCUUGCUCAAAAACCGCGACAAAGGCAUCAGCACCAUUCUCAAGGUCGGAAGGACUUCAAAACGGGUAAGCACAUAGUUGUUUGUUUUCCUCGUUGUUGUUUGAUAACCAAUUUUUAAACAUACUUGAAUCAUAAACAUUAUUUCAGUAAUCAUAGUCCAGGACGUUAUCAGAUACCAAUUAUUAGUAAUUCCCCACACGGCAAACAACAUACCAUAGCUCAAAUUUUUUUCUAGACUUUUUUCAUUUUUUUGAAAGAAAAUUAAAUUAAUCUUUGAGUCAAUAAUAUGUUGUUUAAUGUGUUUGUGCUUCCAAAAAUAUCCAUAAACGUUACAAAUUUCAAGUUCAAGAAAUUCUUAAAAGCCAAACUAAAUUGAUAAUUUACCUAGUUAUAAACGAAAGUGCUAAUUUCUAGAUAGGUGACAGUUGAAAUGAUGCUGAUAAUAAUAAUAAUAAUCACUUAUAAUAACUAAUAAUAAUAUGCUCUCUAGGGGGUGGGUUGUAUGAUUUGGAGCAACAUGUUAAAAAAGUGUUUUUGGUUUUGUUUCAGGCCCUUGUCAAGCUGAACAAACUUGGUGUCACAAUGUCCCCAAAAAGUAUCAACAAGGCGCUAGAUCUUCUUGGAGAGGAUUUUGAUCUCCCUAUUAAAAACUGGAAAGGAGACAUUACUGCCCAUCUUGAAAAAUGUUCUAAACUUGUGCAAGAAGGUUGUGACCUUGACACGAGAAAAGAGGAAUUGGUCCAAUUGGCUGCAGCAGGUGCAAAUGUAGAGGAACAGAUUACAGCAGUGAAUGUAUCCCAGUCCAACAUUAAUGUGGAAAAACAGAAGCUUUUUGAAAAUCGACCUAGCAGCUUCAACUUAGUGCUGGAUAAUGUGGACCUUAGAGUUCUGGCUUCCAAUAUGACAUCAGAUGACCAAAAUAAAGAUUUUCACUGGUGUAAUCACAAUGCAUACAUGGACCGGGUGAACCCCACCCAUUUACCAGAUGAUUCACCAACUGCCGAUCUUCAAGAUGUACCAAACAGCACCUUCCUUCCCAGCUUUAAUGACCAGAAUUUAUUAUUGUCUGACUUCACUGUUCUCAUUGGUAGGGUCCUGGUGGAACAUUUCAGAGCUUUGGAGAUAUUCAAGGAUGUCAUACCCUUACACAUCAAACAUAAGUACUCAGAUGAAAUGAAGAAUAACACAGAAACAGUAAGAUUUUUAUUGUUACAGAUGUAACUCAGAGACUAGUGAAUUAUUUUUUUCCUAAUUUUAUGUGUACAAUAAUUAUAUUCUUACACGUACCUGACGUAAAAAUCUGGAGGCAUUAGUGGCUGAAGUUGAUCCUCGACCAAAAUUGGCCAGGUAAAAGCAAUCAAUGGGUAGGCUAUUUUUGGAACCUGUUAUCAGUCUUCCUUGUUGUGGACACUUGCAAAAACUCCUCCUAACCACCACUUUUGCCUCAUUUUCUCAAUCUGCUCAAACCCAGUUACUCACCUUAGAUUUUCAAAAAUGCAUGAAAUUGGAAUUUAUCACUAAAAAAAUAUUAUGAGUAAAAACAGUACAAAAAAACAAUGCAGUAAACUAAUAUCAGUUUCGCCAUUUUCUUCAUAUUAGGUUCAUCUUGGUGUCAUUUUUAAAGAUGAAAAUUUGGGAGAGGACAUGAUCGAUAUUGUUAGGGAACUCCAUGGGUUGGUGCCAAUUGUACUUGAGAAUGGAAAAGAGGUGUUUGACCGUGUCCCUGUUGUUGGAGACCAGAAAACACUGGAGAGAGGGGUGGAAGCACAGUUUUCUGUCCGCAAUGCUUACAGCAAAACACGGAGAUUGGAGGGCUUGUUCUUUCAACUUGCUGAUUGGCAUCAUGAAAACAAGUUCCUAUCAGUAAGUUUUUGAAACACGGAAAUAAUAUUAUUAUCACGUGGCACAUCACUAUACUGUCAAACCAGUAAAACCAUGGGCACUUGAAGCAUUUCAGGAAUAUUUAUUGUGUUAUGACCAAUCCAGCAAAGAUUAGGACACAUAAAUGAGCCACAAAACCACAAACUAAAUAACGUUCUUGCCUGUAGUUUAGUUUCUCACACUUGACUGACUUUUUUUCUUCAUGCGACACAAUGACAUUCCAGAAAUAUUUCCAGUGUUUACAGUUUUCCCGGUUUCAUGUAAGUCUGCAAGUCAGAGAGGAAUAGCUCAUCUCUGUCACAUAGUGUGUCUCAAUAGGAAAAAUUAAUUAGAAUAGUUUUUUUUCCUGUCAAAUCAUUGCAUUUGAGAGCUACUAUAAGAAACCACCUCUCCUAUGUGAUCACAUUAAGUGACAUUUUCAGAGAAAGUUUCAUUGAAAUAUAAAUGAAACAGUUUAUUUAGCCACAUUUUUUUUUCUUUUAUCCAGUUAAUUUUUUCUAGGUACUACAGCGGUUCCUCAGCGUCUGACAAGACUUCGGUGUUUGCUUUGAGAAACCUUGUAAACUGGCGCGAUGUGGUCAGUGAUGCCCAGCAAAAACCUGCUCCAUGUAAGCGAUUUGCGAAUUUGGUGUUGGAUGCAAGUAUCAUUGCUGCAGCCCUUAAGUUCUUUGGCAUGGAAACAACAGAAGACACACCCACAAAGCACAGUAUCAGCCCAGAAUUAGCAACAGGACUCAAGGUGGUGCGCCAACGUUUCUUUUACAAAGUGAUCAAAGAAUUCAUUCAAACCUAUGUAGUCGAUGGACUACAGGAAUGGGAAACAGCCCAAACUAAUCAGCCUAUACUUCCAAAUGGCAGGUACCCCUGUAGAUUCCCAGGGUGUUCAAGCUCAUUUAAACAUGAUGGAGUCCACAGGAUGAGGCAUGAACUGUCUCAUGACCCCCCACCCACCAUUCCUGAGGAACCAGUACUCGUUAGUACGGUGCCUGAUCCCACUGAUCAAAAUCCUAAACCCAAAGAUGACAUUUUUGACUAUCACUGUGGCUUCAUGAACAUGGCUUUACUGUUAAGGAACUUCAUGGAUGCUGUGAAAGAGGGUGAUGGUGAAAGGAUAGUAAGAUGCAUCAAGAUGUUCCUUUUACAUUUCAAAGAGGAUGGCAGUGGCAGCACCAAGUAUGCUUUGGAGGCUUUGUUCCACAUGUUUCAACUGUAUGCCUUGCUCAGUCCUAGAGAAGCAGAAAGGAUGAAAUGGAACAGAACAGUAAACAAUCAUGGCCAGCCAGGAUGUAAUGUUGCCAUGGAUCUAGCCUUGGAACAUGACAAUCAUUUGAUCAAAGAUAUGAUUAGAGGUCUGGGAGCUAAUAUCAGUGAAGCUAGUGUCCGUAGAAUUUGUAGGGCAUUCUUUGUCGUCAAAGCGUUUUUGGAACACCUAGACCUAGAGGUAAAAGUUAAGAAGAUCUCAGGUGAACAUUCCAAGAAAUCUGUCGGGCAGGAUUUGAAGAAAGUUGUUUAA